AUGGUCUCUUCUACUGGUUCUUAUGGGCUAUCAGCUCUGUUGUCAGCCCUGCUGUCACUCUCCACCACCGCCAUUGCGACAAUCACUGCGAAGGGUCAAACCGUUGAACUCAAUGGACACAUCUACUACAUUCCCCCGACAGUAGUAGCAACCCUGAAAGCUGAUGCGCACGUGUUCGGCAAACUCAAUGGCUUGCAACCUCUGACGGUCAUUCGGAGCGAUGUCUUGAAGCUGACAAGCUCAAUCCUUGAUUCAGUAGUGAGCACCUACGAGUCUGCUGACGAUGUCUUUAACGCUGGGUUCCUCGACAACAUCUACGUCCAGUAUAACGGUACCUCCAAGAAACCCUCAGAGAAUGUGUCAACCCAUUCUUCAUGGGGCCCUAAAAUCCUGGGAUACGCAUCUGCAUAUGGUACCAAGAAAUCAAAGACAGUGAUCUCAUCAUCGACCCUGCCUGCUGGUCCAUAUUUCUUGGAUCCGUCUAGUGGAGCCGUUUUUGAAGCCUGGCUAUUAUAUUCCGAUGUGAUGGGCUCUUUCACUCAGGGAUUGCUCCCAGUUGGUGACGAUGAGUAUGAUGUUUUGCCGGCAAGCUUGCAGGGCUAUGCGUCGUUGACCAUUGGUGUUCCUUCACGGCUGUACUAUACCAAGACAGCGGAUAAGCCUUUGGCUGGUGUUCGUCUCGGUGUCAAAGAUAUUUAUGAUAUCAAGGGUGUCAAAACAGGCUGUGGCAACCGCGCUUACUAUGAAACGUACCCAGCCGCUAACUCUACCGGCCCUGCAGUUCAAUCCCUCAUUAAUGCGGGCGCCAUCAUUGUCGGAAAGAUGAAGACCAGUCAAUUUGCCAAUGGCGAGACCGCCACUGCUGAUUGGGUUGAUUACCACUCCCCCUUCAACGCCCGCGGUGACGGGUACCAGGAUCCUAGCUCAUCAUCGUCCGGUCCUGGCUCUGGUAUUGGAUCUUAUGACUGGUUGGAUUUGGCAAUUGGAAGUGAUACCGGAGGCUCAAUUCGCAACCCUUCGCAGGUGAAUGGAUGCUUCGGCAACCGACCCUCGUGGAACUUGGUCUCUUUGGAUAAGGUUAUGCCCAUGUCUCCGCUUUUGGACACGGCCGGAUUCUUGACAAGAGAUGUGGAAUUGUGGCGCGCUGCUGCGGAGGUGUUGUACAAGGAUGCAGGCCUGAAAUCCUACACCAAGUACCCCAAGUCUAUCAAGACGAUUGAGUUCCCAACCAAUGCCUCGACCCCAGCUGAGGGCCUUUUGAUCAAUUUUGUGGACAAGCUAUCGUCCUUUUUGGGUGGUGCGAAUGUUUCUGCACUUGAUUACGAUGCUCUCUGGGAAUCCACCAAGCCUUCGACUGUUGCCGCCAAUACUACCCUCGACACCAUGUUGCCUCUCACUUACCCUAUCCUCAUUUCGAAGCAGCAGUAUCCUCUCGUUGCUGAACCGCUAUAUUCAGCCUACGCGGCUGCCAAUGGAGGUCGCAAGCCAUUUAUCGACCCCGUGCCUCUGUCCCGUUGGGGUUGGGGACUUGGAUACCCGGACUCGCAACUGGAGACUGAAAUCGAACACAAGAACAUCUUUACCAACUGGUGGAACACAACUGCCCAGGUAUUCGACGAGGAGACUUGCUCAGACAGUUUGAUUCUUUACAUUGGAACUGAAGCGACACCAGUCUACCGCAAUACUUACCGGAGCAUGCCAGGUGCCCCGGUAGGAUUUGCUACGUCUCGUAUCGCCAACUUUGCUGGUGUGCCCGAUAUGGUCGUUCCGAUCGGCCAAGCGCUCUACAACUCUACCAUUACCCUGCAGCAGGAAUACCUGCCUGUCGCAGUGGAUUUCAUCGCACCUCACGGCUGUGAUCUGAUGGUCUUCAACCUGAUCAAUGAGCUGGUGGAAGCUGGUAUCGUGAAGCAGCCUCACGCUGGAUCGACUUUGUAUGGAGAUGAGGCGACUUACUAUUGA